AUGGCUUUCAACAGUACCUUGGCUUCGGCCGAGUUAUUUGCCGGUAACAGUAUCACCUGGGACCAUCAGAGUUUGGAGCCAGGAACCAGCGAGCUCCCAACUGCUUCUUCCGAGUCACGGGCCGGUCUAGACUUCGAAGAUGCUCGCGUAUCCUCACAUCUGGGUCUGGGGCUCGACUUCGGCCAGGACUAUUUCAAGGUGGAAGUCCUCGUCUUUGUCGCUGCUCUUAGUUUGGGCUUCAAAUUGUACAACCGCAGGGUUCCCAGACAAGGCAUCCUUUCCAAAGCCACUUCGUUGCUAGCCACCAUGGCUUUGCUUACUUCGAUAUCGCUCCUUUUGACCUCGUCGUUGCUGCCGAGUGGUACUUCUGGGCACAAGGGGCCACCAGUGGUCCCGGCCAAGUUUCUUCAGACGGCGUCUCCCACCACCAGCUCAGUCCCACAGUUCACAGUCCCUGCGUCUGCCGACAAAGGGAAGGACGUUGAAGCCAACAUAGACGACCCCCUUGCCGCUAACCCGCAGCUGGUAUGUCCUGGGUACUCUGCAUCCAACGUCCAAAACACGAAAAACGGGUUUACUGCCGAUCUUGACCUUGCCGGCCCAGCAUGCAACGUCUACGGCAACGACAUCGAGCACCUCUCCUUACUGGUGGAGUUUCAGGCCAACGAAAGGGUUCACCUUCAGAUUGAGCCACGGUACAUCUCGAAGGAGAAUGAAACGUGGUUCAGAUUACCCGAAGUGUUGAUACCAAAACCUCAAAACGAUCCUCUUUGCGAGGAGCACAACAGCGACUUUGUGGUCUCGUGGUCAAACGACCCGACAUUCUCCUUCACGGUGAAGCGAAAGGCAACUGACGACACGCUCUUUACAACCGAGGGGAGCAAGCUCGUCUACGAAGAUCAGUUCAUCGAGUUUGUGUCCCCUCUGCCCGAGAGCUACAACCUGUAUGGUCUCGGUGAAGUUAUUCAUGGCUUCCGCUUGGGCAACAAUCUCACCAGGACACUCUUUGCGGCAGAUGUUGGCAACGACAUCGACUGGAACAUCUAUGGCAGUCAUCCUAUCUAUCAUGACACAAGAUACUUCACCACCGAUGAGUCGGGGAAAUUGACAUAUGCGCCUUAUGCCGACGACAAGACGGCCAGAUACACAUCGUAUACACAUGGUGUCUAUCUUCGCAACGCUCAUCCACAAGAGGUGCUUCUGCGGCAACCUGGUAUUACUUGGAGAACACUUGGUGGCAGCAUCGAUCUCUAUUUUUACAGCGGUCCUCGGGCUGAAGAUGUCACGACCAAGUACCAAGAGAGCGCUGUUGGCCUUCCGGCUAUGCAGCAGUACUGGACUUUGGGAUACCAUCAGUGCCGCUGGGGCUAUACUGGCUGGCAACGUUUGCAAGAGGUUAUUGACAACUUUGCAAAGUUUGAGAUUCCGCUUGAGACGGUCUGGGGUGGGUCUUUCUUUCCCUUCAUAUUCCAGAACGACCAUGAUACCUGGAACUACACCGAAGGAGAGGAGUUCAUGAACAGGCUUCACAAGAAUCACCAACACUGGGUUCCCAUUGUUGACUCUGCCAUCUAUGCGCCUAACCCAGAGGAUGAGGAAGAUCGCUAUCCUACCUAUGAGCGGGGGCUGGAGGCAGAUGCCUUUGUGAAGAAUCCUGAUGGGUCGAUUUACUAUGGGGCUGUGUGGCCUGGUUAUACGGUUUUUCCUGACUGGGUUGGUGCUGUGCUUGGUGAGGCUGGGACUAUCGACUGGUGGAUUGAUGAGAUUUCGAGGUGGAGCAAGAAUAUCUCGUUCGAUGGUAUCUGGAUCGACAUGUCCGAAGUUGCCUCCUUCUGCGUUGGCAGCUGCGGCACCGGAAACUUGACACUCAAUCCUGCCCAUCCGCCCUUCAAGCUGCCCGGUGAGCCUGGUAAUCUUGUCUUGAGAUACCCCGAAGGCUUCGCGAAGACAAACGAAACCGAAGCCAUCUCAGCGACAAAGGCGAUCAUCACCCAGAGCUACGGGCCAACCGCGACCGCCGUCCCCACCGUCACCACAACCACAACAACGAAGAACUUCUACCGGAGCACACCCACUCCUGGCGCAAGAAACAUCAACUGGCCCCCGUACGUGAUCAACAACUAUCAUGGCGACAUAGGAGUCCACGCCCUGAGCCCGAACUCGACGCAUAAUGGCGGUUAUCUCGAGUACGAUUUCCACAACCUCUUCGGUCACCAAGUCCUCAACGCGACCUACUCAGCUCUGCUCCAAGUCCAAAAGGGCGUCCGCCCCUUCAUCAUCGGCCGCGGCACCUUCGCCGGCUCAGGCAAGUGGGCUGGCCACUGGGGCGGUGACAAUGAGGCCCUCUGGGCAUUUUUGUACUUUAGCAUCCCGCAAGCACUGUCCUUCUCCAUCUUUGGCUUCCCCAUGUUUGGGGUCGACACGUGCGGCUUCAACGGCAACACAAACUAUGAGCUCUGCUCGCGGUGGAUGCAGCUCAGCGCGUUUUUCCCCUUUUAUCGGAAUCACAAUGCGAUGGGGGCGAUUGACCAGGAGCCGUACAGGUGGAGCAGUGUGAUUGACGCUACCAAGUCGGCGAUGGCGAUACGGUAUGCGCUGCUGCCGUAUAUGUACACGCUCAUGACCCAGGCUUCUCUCGCUGGCAGCACCGUCAUGCGUGCUCUUGCGUGGGAGUUUCCCAAUGAGCCGUGGCUUGCUGAUGCUGACAGGCAGUUCAUGUUGGGAGAUGCGAUUAUGGUUACGCCCUGUUUGGAGCAGGGGGCGGAUACGGUGAAGGGAGUUUUCCCCGGGGUGGGAGAGGGGGAGGUGUGGUAUGAUUGGUAUACCAAGGGGAAGGUGAGUUAUGGGGUUGGACCCGGGGAGAAUGUCACUAUUGGGGCGGAGUUGGGGCAUAUUCCUGUCUAUGUGAGGGGUGGGAAGGUUGUUCCGUUGCAGGAACCUGGAAUGACUACAGCGGAGAGUAGGCAGAAUCCUUGGGGACUGUUGGUGGGAUUGGAUGGGACUGGACGGGCGGAGGGGAAGUUGUAUUUGGAUGAUGGGGUCAGUCUGGAGCCGGAGGAGGUGAGCUGGAUUUCGUUUACUGCCUCGAACAACUUCCUCAAGGUCGAGCCGCUGGGUAACUACCCGGACACCAACCCCCUUCGCAACGCCACGGUCAUGGGUCUGGAGCACGAGCCCAAGCAGGUGUGGCUUGAUGGUGAGGUGCUGGAGCAGGAGCAUUGGAGUUAUGAUGCGGGGAGGUGUGUGUUGGAGUUGUUUGAGCUGAAGGAGAAGUUUUCUGGUGGUGCUUGGGUGCAGGGGUGGGAGAUUACUUGGGAGUAG